AUGGAUACAAGUGCUGUAUCUUAUUUAUCUUCUAUUGUUUUAAACAAUAAUUAUAAAGAAUGGAAUAAUGAAAAGAUAAUAAAGUGGCUUUCAGAUACAAAAAAAAUACAAAAAGUUAUAGUUUUCAAAAUAUACGAAAUCACAGGAAGAGAUUUAGAAUUUUUAUCAGAUAAAAUAUUAUUUAAAAUGGGUGUUGGAAUUCGUGACCUUUUAUCCUUUAAAAGUGAAUUCGAAAUUUUAAAAAAUAAUUACGAUAAUAAUAAUAAUAAUAAUAAUAAUAAUAAUAAUAAUAAUAAUAAUAAUAAUAAUAAUAAUAAUAAUAAUAAUAAUAAUAAUAAUAAUAAUAAUAAUAAUAAUAAUAAUAAUAAUAAUAAUAAUAAUAAUAAUAAAAAUAAUAAUAAUAGUAAUAGUAAUAGUACCAAUAUCAAUAACAAUUGUAGCAAUAACAAUAGUAACAAUAACCAUAUUAAUUUCAAUAGCAAUAGUAAUAUUACCAAUAUAAAAAAUAAUGACAGUAAAAUAAAAAAUAAAAAAGAAGAAAAUAAAGUACCAAUUAUUGAUUUAAACCAGUACGAAUAUGUUGAAUCAAUUUCACUUGGAGUUUUCAGUGUUGUUGGGAAAUAUAAAAGAAAAGGUCAAGAAAAUGAAUUUAUAGCAAUAAAAAAAAUUGAUAUUUUAUCUCUAAAUGAAGAAAAGAUAAUUAAAGAAAUUAAUAAACUUUAUUCAAUUAAUCAUCCAAAUAUAAUUAAAAUAAUUGGAUAUUGUAAAGAUCAAAAAAAUUAUUAUAUUGCAAGUAAAUAUUAUCCAAAAGGGUCAAUUAAAAAGAAUACAAAACAAUCACCAUAUAGUGAGAUGAAUGCAAAAAGGAUAUCGGUCAAAAUUUUAAGCGGAAUUGAUUAUUUACAUUCAUUAAAUCCACCAAUUAUUCAUAGAGAUAUUAAAUGUGAUAAUAUAUUAUUAGAUGAAAAUGAUGAUCCAAUUUUAAUAGAUUUUGGAUUAUCAUAUAAAACUAUUGAUGAUUCUACCAAUUUGAAAACGUUAUGUAAAAAACCAUUUUGGGCAUCACCAGAUGUCAAUAAUCAAGAGAUACAAAUCUUUAGCGAAAAAACUGAUAUAUAUAGUUUUGGUUGUACAAUUUUUGAGAUGAUUGUUGGUUGGGAAUCAUAUUCCAAAAAAGAAAAUAAUCAACCUAAUUUACAAAAAUUACCAGAUAAUUUAACUAUAUCUUGUAGACUCGCAUUAGGUGAUAUUAUUGGACUUGAACAAAAUUUUAAACCAGAUUCAAAAGAUUUACAAAAAUUAUCUUGGUUUAAUGAAUCAUUACCACCAAUUUUUCAAUCACAAGAAUUAACAAAAUCGACAACCAAUACCACUACCACUACCACUACUACUACUACACCACCACCACCACCAUCACCAUCAUCAUCAUCACCAAGUAUGAAUGAAAAUAAAAAAAUAGUAACAUCAGAUUGUUUAAUUAAUAGUUUCAAAGAAAGUGGUUGUCUAAUUUUUCUUAAUGGAGAAUUGAUGUAUGAUAAUCCUUUUGAUAAAGAUUGUUAUCAAUAUAAUAUAGUGAUACCAUUUGGUACUCCUCACUUAAGGGAAGUGAUACAUAAAGAUAAAAAUAAAUCUAAACACCUAGACAAGAUUGAAUUAUUUAUAGAUGACCAUUUAGCAAAGGGACUUGUUAUAAAAUUGGGAAAUUUUAAAUUAGAUUUAUCAAAAGAGUUUAAAAAAACUCCAACAUUCAUAGAUUCAAUUAUCGAAUAUCUUUUAGAUUUAUUGCAAAAAGAUAAUGAUGAUGAUGAUGAUGAUGAUGUUCCCGAAUCCAUUAUUCUCAAUAUAGCUGUUGGAUUUUACAAAUACAUUUCAAAUUUUAUCACAUACCAAUAUGUCUUAAAUCAACCUUCACAUUUUUGUUAA